GCUUGUUUCUUACUUUGCUCGUGUGCGUGUUGGACUUGUGUAGCCUAAAAAGUAUAAAACAUAAAAAAAAAGUAGGAUGAGUUCUCAAAAAGGAAAUGUAUCCAGAUCACGAGGACAGAAGUAUCAAAACGCAACUGCCUUCAAAAACGACAAAUACGGAGCUACUGUUCAAGUAAAGAAAGCAAAAUCAAAGGUCCACGAUGGGCUUUGUCAACACUGUAAAGGAGUUAUUGAGUGGAAAGUCAAGUAUAAUAAAUAUAAACCCUUAGCACAGCCCAAAAAAUGUGUAAAGUGCUCUCAAAAGACAGUAAAAGAUGCAUACCACAUAGUCUGUAAGCCCUGUUCGCUUCAGCUGGAGCUCUGCUGCAAGUGUGGGAAGAAAGAGGACGUUGUUGUUUCGGUUAACUCACAAUUGGACAAGCAAGAGGAAGAAGAGGAGCCGAGAAAGAAAGGGCACAAACAAGAGGAGGAACGCAUAAAUGAUUUGUACAGUGAUGAUGACUACGAUGAUGAUGACUGUGCUGCUUCUGAGAACGAGGAAGAUCACUAACAGAAACUUGGGCCCAAAAGAAAUCUGUCGCAUUUCCAGAUGUGCCGGUUGUUAAUUAUUAAAUUUGUUUGAAACAAAUUUUGUAGUCAAAACGCAGAAGGUAACUUCAUGUGAUUUGUUGAUGUAGCUGAUAUUUGAAGAGAAAUAAAGUCCAUAGAAGGACAAA